CGCGAUCAAAAGCUGGUUACACUCCAAGAUAAAGAAACGCCGCUUGCUUUGUUUACAUUAAAUCCUCUGCAAAAACUCUUGUAUUCUAUUAUAUAUUGUAUCGAUUAAUAAUUUUUGUCAAUAAUACUUUGAGUAAACAUGAAACCUGACAACUUAAACAAUCUCUCGCAUAAGCCUCAUGGAUCGUUCGGUGACUCGAACACUGAAAACAAUUCGGAUUCGCUCAGCAGCGAUUCGGAUGUUGAAGAUACGAGUUGUGGAACAAGCGAUCAAAAAGGAAUCGUGCAAGGACUGAGGAAGACUAUUAGGAGGAACAAAACCAAAAUAAAUGAUCUGGUUUCCAAGUUGACUAUUGCCGAAAUGCAAUUAGGUAGUGAAAAAGAAAAGUCCAAUAAUAAGGACCAAUUAAUCAAGUCCUUGAAUAUGUCGAUCGAUUUGCUGAAUCAAAACAAAGACUUAAGUAUAAAGCAAAUGCAGAGUCAAAUUGUGGAGCUUAAAAAUGCGCUUGAUUUGAGUCAGAAUAAAGAUAAGGAAUUAUCCGGUUCAAAAGACAAAUACACGAAAAAUAUUGAAGAAUUGAAUGCCAAAAUUAUUCAGUUGGAAUGUAAAGUCAAGGAGAAGGACGAUCAUAUUGCCGAGUUUCAACAGAAAUUUGAAAUCAAUAUGAGCGAGAUAAGAGAAGAAAUCGAAAGGCAAGAAUACGAAAUUGACGCUUUGAAAUCCAACAUUUUUAAAUUUGAGCGUUUGCCGAAUGACGGAGCACUUGUCGAGUUGGACAUGAAAACCAAUCUUAAAGAGAAGGAAGAGCACAUAACCCGGCUAGAAGCCAAGAUAAUUGAAAUGAAUACAAAACUUUCUGAGUUCACCCUAGACACCAACAGUUGCCAGAAUCCAAACGAAUCUUUCGUAUUUCUAAGCUGCACUACGAUUCCUUCAGUUAAACUGAUAACACUCCAUGACUCCGUACCCUUCGGAGCUGUUUUUGAGGAUAUUCCUUCCGCCGGUCCUGGUUGGAUGGUCAUCCAACGUCGAUUUGACGGAAGUGUGCCCAUGAAUACAGAAGACAAUUUUUUCUUUGGCUGUGGAGAUUUAGGUGGUGAAUUCUGGAUCGGAAGUGAAAAAUUGCAUAAGUUGACUGCCAGUCGUCGGCAUGAGUUGUACAUUCAACUUGUCGACUUUGAUAAUGUUGUGGCUUUUGCCAGAUAUGACCACUUCAUUGUUGGAGACUCUAAAGAUCGAUACAAACUGCUGUCCCUUGGUAAAUACUCAGGAAAUGCUGGCGAUGCUUUGCAGAGUCAUAUAAACAAAGAUUUUCAAAACUACGGUUAUGUUGGAUGGUGGGAUAUAACCGAUUGUAAUUUGAACGGAAACUUCUACGACUGUAAAAUGGAGUUGAGUGAAUGGAAUGGAAUUUGGUGGGGUCGUUGGAAUAUGGGAAAAAUGUACUCUCUUAAAUCGUGCAAAAUGCUAAUAAGGCCAAAAGCAUAAAUAAAAUGCCGGUUGAAGGUGGACAAUAUGAUAAAAAUGUAUAAAUAAGUUUAAUGUACUAAAUAUAUUCCAAACAAAUAAAUCUAAAAACAAGAA